CACACAGCCUGUGAUUCCUCGGAAGUGUUACUGCAUCACACUUCUUACCAUGUACAACUCGUUAUUACAGUGUGAGAGCGCACUUUACAAGCGCGUAACUGUUGUUUUGGGUGCAUAGAUCAAUUCUGGUCUGAUUGGAUUAAUCCGUGGAUCCGGGAGCAAAGACCGCAAAGAGCUCCAUAUCUGCAGGAACUAUGUGAAGAUUUUGUGCGACACUCUUUUGGCCACAGCACUUCCCUCUUAGAAGCAGACAUGAAGUCUGUUCUGGAUGGCGUAGCAGACACCACCUUCAGGACCAUCACCUCUGGUCUCCAGUAUCUUGGCUCCAACGACGCCAGCUAUGAUGACCCUACUAUCAACGCUGAUUUUGUCAAGGGUGGCUAUUCAUUUCAGAAGCCACCAUCUGCCUUCCGCAGUAACUCUUUUCCAGAUAAAGUAGCCCCAAAUGAGGAGCUAAUUAUAAAAGGGCUGCCCUUUGCCCCAACCAAUGCCACGGAUCUGUUCGGGAACCAGAGCCUGGCUGAGGAAGGGGGAAAUGUACAAUGUGGGGAGAACUUCAUGGACAUGGAAUGCUUCAUGAUCUUGACUCCAAACCAGCAGUUAGCCGUAGCUGUUAUGUCUCUAAUACUUGGUACCUUUACAGUGCUGGAGAACCUAGUGGUACUGUGUGUGAUCUUGCAUUCGCGUACCCUGCGAUGCAGACCAUCCUACCACUUUAUCGGCAGCCUGGCUGUGGCAGACCUACUGGGCAGUGUCAUUUUUGUGUAUAGUUUUUUGGACUUCCACAUCUUUCAUCGCAAAGACAGUCCCAACAUAUUUCUCUUUAAGCUUGGAGGUGUCACAGCAUCCUUUACCGCCUCUGUGGGAAGUCUCUUUCUAACGGCCAUUGAUCGAUAUAUUUCGAUCCAUCGACCGCUGGCCUAUCGGCGCAUUGUGACACGCACCAAGGCAGUGAUUGCUUUCUGCAUGAUGUGGACUAUUUCCAUCAUCAUUGCAGUGUUGCCUCUUCUCGGCUGGAACUGCAAAAGCUUGAAAUCGGUGUGUUCGGACAUCUUCCCCCUCAUUGAUGAAAAUUACCUGAUGUUCUGGAUUGGCGUGACAAGCAUCCUAUUGAUCUUCAUCAUCUACGCGUACAUGUACAUUCUAUGGAAAGCACACCACCAUGCUGUCCGAAUGCUCAGCCGGACCUCACAGAAGAGCUUGGUUGUCUAUUCCACAGAUGGAACCAAGGUUCAGACCACCCGACCAGAGCAGGCCAGAAUGGACAUACGUCUUGCCAAGACUCUCCUCCUUAUCCUGGUGGUUCUUGUAAUCUGCUGGGGCCCCUUGUUGGCAAUAAUGGUGUAUGACCUAUUCUGGAAGAUGACUGAUGACAUCAAGAUCGUUUUUGCCUUCUGCAGCAUGCUCUGCUUGUUCAACUCCACCGUGAACCCAAUAAUCUACGCCUUGAGAAGUAAGGAUCUGCGUCGGGCCUUCCUAGCGGCUUUUCAGGGGUGCAGGAGCAGCAGCAACACACUGCAGCUGGACAACAGCUUGGAGUCAGACUGCCAGAACCGCAACCUGAAGAUCCAUGCUAACCGAGCAGCCGAGAGUUGUGUCAAGACUACUGUGAAAAUCGCUAAAGUUACGAUGUCCGUCUCCACUGACACCUCAGCUGAAGCUGUCUGAUGGACCAGGGAACUGCUUCCAGGGUGGGUGAAGGGGGAUUAAACAAUCAAGCCAUGUGUGGAGCUUGGUGGUGUAUGUGUUCAUAGAAAAUUCUACCAAAAACUCUGAUUUAUAAAGGACAAUGUGGCGGACAGGAGGUCCGACUAAAGCACAAAGGGUGUGGCGCAUUUGGUCAUUUUUACUGUCGGAUGAUGUUUGCCUAUGUGGCAACUUAUUAAAGUGCCAAAAUUGUUCUUCAAAGUGAGGACAUCCUAUUCAAUCAUGGCAUCAAUACUUGUAGUGGGAUUCCUACUAUUUCCGUGCCAUUCUUGUUAAUCAUAUCACUUAACUGAACAUGUUGUGAAUGGUGUAAUGAAGGCGUACUAUAUUUUUAUACUUUGGAAAAUCAGGUUCUUGAACAAUGAUACCUUCUCUCAUGGGGACAAGGGGCUAUUGAUCUUUUUAGAAAUGUUUUAGAUGUACCGUAUGUAAAUAUUGUAAAGAACUGGUAAACACUGUACUGUAUAUAAUCCAUUC